AUGUUUCUAAAGAAGGAUUGCCAAUUGGACGAGGAUGGCCAGAAGUAUUUGAGCUCCCACAACUACAGCUUCAAAAGCCUUCUCCAUGGCACGAAGCCGAAGCAGAGCUGGGAGUUUGGAAGUAACGUUGCGCGGGCAUGUGACUGCACGUUUGCAGUGGUUGCGACCUUUGCUGUGUCGAUGGGAGCGUUUCUGCUGCCGUGGGCCUUGGCAAUUUUAUGCAUACUGACAGCUGGAUACAUCAUCGGCAAGCUCGCGUGCUCCAUGUUCAUUCUCGUGCUUAGUGUCCUUGUGGGCAAAAUCCACAAGAAUCAGCAUGAGCGAGCGGUCGUCUUCUGGAGUUGGUUUCCGUGUUGGAAGUUUCUCUUGUGCUGCGUUGGAUGCCUCGCCGGGGCGCUUACCGGACACCAGCUCUGGCAGAACUAUUGGCAGCAGUACAGCGACAUUUCACUCCUGAAGGCGUAUCAUGGCAUAGAUCCGUCUGUGGUUCCGGGGAGUCAGAUUCAAGAUUCUGGCGCGGUGGACUUUGUCUCUGCCGGUGUCGAUUCUGAACACGGUGGAUGCUUCAUGAAUGCUGGCACGACGUACUGCGUGGCACCGAUAGUCGCAAACGGCACGAUCCAUCAUAGUGUUGGAGGAGCGCCGCGAUAUGGAAGCUUCGACUACUUUGCUGUGGGUGUUGACUGUUGUUCGUGUCCGAACAUAAACUUCCGAUGUGGUGCCUGGAGGCAUCCUUGGGCAGAGGGCGGAAUCCGUUCAACAGACUUGGAAGCCAGACCGUUCUUCCGACUAGCUGUGGAUGAAUGGGCCAGCACAUACCGCAAGACCUCCAAUCACCCUCUUUUCUUCGAGUGGGUUGAGUCACCGGUUGUGCACUGGAAGAGCCUGCGUCAUGAAUUCCUCCGCCGGCUUUUGCUGGCACUGGUGUGCUGCGUCGGCAUCGUCAUGGCCUUUACUCUGACGCUUGCACGACUGCUCCAGGCCCUCGUGGUCCACGGCUUCGCCUCGCCCCUCAACGUGCCAGCACCGCCAGAGGGCUUCGAGACUGCCUGGGCACGCUUCCUGCCAGAGAUGCUGGAGAGCUACAAGGAGAGUCAGUUGCAGCAGAACGCUACAUCUUGUGCUGAAAGCCGUGAGAGCUGCUAUGGAGCUGUCGACAUCUCGUCUACAAGCUCUGCCUGA